AUGGCGUCUGUAACGUCUCUAGAUCAGGACAUGCGAAAGCUGCGCAUGGACAGAUAUACUCCCCAGGCGGCCAACGAGGUCCGCAGCUGGAUAGAAGGCACACUGGGAGAGCGACUGCCGGCGGGAGAUCUGCUGGAUGCGCUCAAGGACGGGACCGUAUUAUGCAGACUCGUCAAUCUCGCCAUACCCACUCCCGUGAGGUUCAAAAAGUCGGCCAUGCCUUUUAUACAGAUGGAGAACAUCUCCCACUUCCUCCGAGCCUGCGAACAGCCGCCGCUGAACAUGCCCGCACACGACCGCUUCCUCACUGUCGACCUGUACGAGUCCAAAGACCCAGCCCAGGUGCUGCAAUGUCUCAGCGCAUUCAGCCGUGUCGCCAAUUCAAGAAAUCCCUCCAACUUUCCUACCACCAUCGGCCCUAAGCGCGGCGGAGCUGGUGCGUUGAGCCCCUCAGCGACCGGAGGAGGCAUGACAAGUCCUGGCAUGCCACCGCCGUCUCCCGGCUAUACACGUAGCCGAGGGCCCAGCACAGCCAGCAAUACCAGCGGCUCUAGUACAUUCAAUCCCCUGGCGCGGCCGCCUGCUGAGAGGACACUGAGUGCGGCGCGUACCGGAGGCUCAGACGCAUCCUACACUUCCAAUGGUCUCCCCAAGUCACCUCCGGGCGGAGUUAGUAGCUGGAGCAAGAAGGUUGACGAAGGGAGCACAGCACCGGCAUGGAACAUUCACCAGUACGGCUACAUGGGUGGCGCGAGUCAGGGCAACCAGGGCAUCGCAUUCGGCGCACGCCGGCAGAUCACGAGCGCAGGUCCGCACGUGCCGAACAUGGCUGAGAAGGAGCGCCUGCGACGUGAGAAGGCGGCCGAGGAAGAGAGGCUACGAUUACUAGCCGAGGAGGCCGAAAACAAACGCCGCAUCGAGCGCGAGGCUGAAGAAGAACGCAUACGCCUCGAGGAAGAGCAGAAGUGGGAAGAAGAGACACGCAGGCAGCAAGAGGCCAAGCAAGCGCGCCUCGACCAGCAGAAGCGCGAGUGGGAAGAGCAGGAGCGCCAAUGGAAGUUAGAUGAAGAACUCCGCCAGCGAGAAGAACGAGAACAACAAGAGCGGAUAGAGGCUGAGACGCGACGGAAGCGUGCUGGGAGCGACGCCAGACUCAAGGGACAGUACCUAAGCCAGUACCAAGCCGAACAAGUCAGGUCACCGCGCAGUCGACGGGGAAGCAGCGAGGAGCCCAACGCCGAGCGCGAACGCAUACGAGAGUUGGAACGCCAGCUUGAAGAAGCCAAAGAGCGCGAGCGCCAAUACCAAGCCGAGCGCGAAGGACGUCUCCAAGACAAGAAAGUGCGAUCGAGAAGUAAGAGCCGUACGCGCGAGCGGUCCAAGAGUCGAGCCCGUCCACAACCUCCACCGCGCGCCCCAAGUCCGCAAGAUAGUAAUGUAUCCUGGGCGCAAGCAGACGACCGUGAAUAUCUACGCAAACAAUGGGAUCAGACACAACGGCAACCCGCGCGUCCCCUGCCCGAACCCACACCACCAUCCCUUCCCACCCGCCCACUUCCAGAGCCAACAACGACGCGUCCGCUUCCCGACCCAGCCACAUACACACAGCAGAAGCAAAGCCGAACGGACCGCUACCUUGCAUCAAACCCUCCUCCUACAGCACCUAAGCCGCAGACGUACAUUCCCCCCGAACUAACUUCGACCUCCGAGCAACGUGGCGAAGACUCACGUCGCGCCGCCGCACAGCAGAAGACUAAGAACGCGGGAUGGGCGAGUAAAUCUCUGCUCGAGCGUGAAAUGGAGCGCGAGAGAGAGAGACAAAAGGAGUGGGAGGAGAGUCAACGCGCGCUGCAGGAGGCGGCCAAAGAUCCCAAUGCAGGCACAGGAGGAGGCCAAAGUUGGGAUGUGAAUCAGUAUGGGUACAUGGGUGGUGACAAUCAGAACAGACUUGGAGGUAUUGGCGCAGGGAAGAGGCAGAUUGUCGGACCGAGGUUGGGGGGGCCUAGGCCUUUUGGGCGGAGGGCUGAAUAG